ACGAACUCUCGAUUUCGUGUUCGCCUUUUUCCUGUUAUUCCCUUUGUUCCGGGCUUUUGAAGCCUCGAACUUGAAGCGGCUCCAUGAAUCGACCAUGACCUAAGCUGGACUCCACCAUCAAUGCUUGGUGUAAAUGUUUUUGUAUAUGAACUGGCAUCAUUCCUCAGAAUCAUCUAUGAAUAUCCCAUAACUCAAAAUUACUGAAGAUACUCCCCGGUCGUUUCGCGAUAACUUCGUCGAAAACCCUUCUCUGGGAGUUUGGGGCUUAACUGCUCUGGCACCAAAGUUCCAUAAAUAUGGCUGCCACUGAAUCUCCAGAACAGAACUUCGCAACUCAAACUUUAACGCAUACUGAGUAGACCGCACAUGUCAUUUCCGCGCACCCAUCAAAAUCAAAGGUAAGAAGUUCAGCCCAGAGACUUCAUAGUUCAUACUCCUUGCUAUUUAACCUAAAAUUGACCUACUGGGUUCUCUAUUAAUCACCCACUGUUAAGUCUCUUCAAACUGGUCAUGACCCGUUUGGCGAAACUGAGAAUACUAUCUCUUCUCAAAGGGGUUUCUUCAAAUAUCGGUGAAAGCCUCCUUGGAUCAUCAAAAUCACCAUUUUGGCCAACGAGGGCUUUCCUCAUUGCCCAAAACCCUAGGUAUUAUAGAACAAAAAGAACUCUUCAAAUUGAAAACUGUGAAGAGUUGGGUGAAGCUUCUUCUACUAAUAGCAAAAAUGUUGGUAAAUUUCAUCGUGCCAUGAGAAAAGAAGCCCAAGCUGCAUUGCUGGAUUAUUUGCAUUAUACUAGGAGCAUACAAUUCGUGGAUGCUGAGAACAUGAGUAAAAACUCGCCUCAUUUUCUCGGAAAGCUUUUGGAAAGGGUCGAGAAUGAGGAGGACAUUGCGCGGUCUAUAACCCGUUGGUUGCGUUACCAUCCUAUUAAUGAAUUUGAGCCUUUUUUUGAGAGCUUGGGUUUGAAGCCUUCUGAGUAUGUUCCUCUUCUUCCACGUAAAUUGAUAUUUCUGAGUGAUGAUGAUUUGUUGAUGGAGAAUUAUCGUGUAUUGUGUAACUAUGGGGUUGCACGUAAUAAGAUUGGGAAGAUUUAUACAGAGGCAAGACAAGUUUUCCGAUAUGAUUAUGGGGCAUUGUCAUCAAAGCUUCAAGCUUAUGAAGAGCUGGGGCUUUGCCGGUCAACCAUAACUAAGUUUAUUGUUUCUAGUCCAUAUAUUUUGAUUGGAAAUGUAAAUGUGGAGUUUGUUCAGGUAUUAGAGAACCUGACGAGUUUUGGAAUGGAGAUCAGUUGGAUUGAGGGGCAUUUGCUGGAGGGGAUUACUUAUAAGUGGAGUCAGAUGCUUCACGUUCUAUGCUUGUUUAGGAAGAUGGGAUUAAGUGAGGAGCAGUUGGCUGGAUUGAUCAUCAAGCAUCCGGGGCUUCUAUUUGAGGGCUCAGGGGAGGGGACACUUUCUAUAAUUGGAUUCUUAUUGAAACUUGGAUCUACUAUGGACCAGAUAUGUAUGAUAUUUUUACAGUUUCCACAAAUCCAAGUUAUAAAAUUUGUUUUGAAUUUGAGGCAGUGUUUUCUUUUUUUGAACGAGAUUGAGAUGGAGGUUACUGAGAUUAGGAAGAUCGUCUGCUCUCACGCCCUAUUGCUUGGUUCAUGUACUUUGAAGAAAACCAACAGCUUGCUUACUAAUUUGAACGUCGGGAAGAAGCGACUCUGUAGAUUUAUCCAGGAUAACCCACAACAACUGAGUAAUUGGGUUCUAGGAAAUAAAGUUGAGGCAUUACCAAACUCGGGAGAGGACCUAAAAUCACAAAUCCUGAAGUCUGAGUUUUUGUUGAAGUUGGGGUUUGUAGAGAACUCGGACAAGAUGAAAGCAGCAUUAAAGGCAUUCCGGGGUAAGGGAGGGGAGCUACAGGAGAGAUUUGAUUGUAUUGUGAAAGCUGGUUUGAAUCCAAAAGAUGUUUCCAAAAUGAUUAAAGCAUCACCUCAAAUUCUUAACCAGACGAAAGAUGUGAUUCAAAUGAAGAUUGAUUUUCUUGCAAACAAUUCAGGUUAUCCCAUUUCAACUUUGGUGACAUUCCCAGCCUAUCUUGCAUACACAAUUCAGAGGGUCAAGCUCAGGUUAACAAUGUAUAAUUGGCUCAAAGGUCAAGGAAGAAUAGAUCCCAAAUUGGCUCUGAGCACCAUAGUUUCAUGCACAGAUAAAGAAUUUGUAAGGCAAUGUGUAAAACAUCAUCCUAGUGGCACUCAGGUUUGGGAGGACUUGAAGAAAAAAAAUUGUUCUGAAUAAGUAUUCAUGAGAAGGUGGGGGAGGCAUCGGUUGAGGACAAAAUGAAGGAGAGUCAUAAAGAUGGAUUGGACUGGUGAAAAACUUAUGUCCUCAUAUGUCUGAUACUUGGGAGUUACUGGUAGUGGCAAGCUCAAUGGGGUAAAAUCCUAGCCCACGGUCACCUUAUGACAAGGAACAGACUUCUAUGAUGUUUAAUUGCCUUCUCCAGGUGUAGAUUCGUAGUCAAGGAUUGCAGUGGUAUGAUUCCCUCCUAAGGCAGGAAACCUUGAAAGAAGGCAAGUUUUUAUGUUUUUGUGGGAUUCUUUUUCCAAAUACUUAUGCGAGCAUAGAACUUUUAUAUACCAUGCUGACACUGACACCAACUUUCAUAUUGCCCGUGUUAGCCAAAUCAUAUUUAGCGA